AUGUUUAACAAACCCAUAAAAACUCUUCUUGUCCUAUUGCUACUGCUAGAAACCUUAGGGUUGACGCAAGAUAUUUAUCCUCCAAGGCAAACACUACUGACGAAACUCAAGACGAAGCCCAAGGGACCGGAGAACGCCUUCAAAAGUUGCUUUCAAGACAAAUGUCAGUGCAAGAGAGACCGAACCCAUUGUUAUUUGAGCGACAAAUAUGGUGCGGUAACGCUCGAUAUUACCUCGAGAAAGGAUCAAGAUAAGGUGACGCUAAGCUGCGAAGGCGAAAGCAAAGCACUGGACACACUUCUGAGUCAGGUGCUGCCUAAAUUUCAGUACGAAGAUACUUACUUUAAAAUAAUCAACUGCCAGCAAAUACCGGCAAUGCUACGUCGUGAAAAUAUCACCUAUGAGGGUGUUAUAGUUUACAAUGAUGCCGAUAUAAUGUUGCCGAAGGACUUGUUUCACGGUACCACUGGUUUGUUGAGAUUAACAUUCAAUAUUACGUCAGCAUACGGAGGAACUAUUUUGACGCCACAGCUCUUCCACACCCUAACAGCACUAACGGAGUUGGAGUUGAUAAUUGUGAGCGACGCAACGGCGGUAACGCUGCCAGAGAUGAUCUUUCGCAAGCUCAAAGCUCUGCAAAAACUCUCCCUAUACGUGUACCAUACCUCGGUUGGUUACUAUGAAACAAUGAACGCGCUGCGCACAUCCGCACAAAAUUUAACGAGCGCGCAUUUUCGUGAUUUAAAUGCGCUAAAUUGUCUGCUGCUCGACGCGAACCGUUUGCGUAAGUUAGAUGCAACAAUUUUUACCACGCUACACCAGCUAAAUUACUUGGGUUUGAGUUUGAACGAAUUGGUAGAGCUGCCCGAACGUUUACUUGCCAACCAACGCAAGCUCGUCAUACUCGAUUUAAGUGCGAAUGCGCUCAGCGCACUUCCUGUCGGUUUUUUUGCGAAUACGCCACUGUUGUGGAAAUUACUUCUGAACGACAACCGCUUUUACGUGCCGACGAAUAUCAUUGCAGCAAUACAAGCUUUGCAUUUCCUCCACCAACUCGACCUGAGUAGAAAUCAGCUGCGCAACGUGUGGGGUACCGGCGUAUAUAGAAAUCGUACCUUGCUGACGCGCAGCAACAUCAAACAGCCGCACGAAGAGCCAGCGCUCAUUGAAUACGUAAGCGUCGAGCAGGGCGCGUAUAACGAGCGGCACAUCAAUCACACCGUUAUUAGCUUACGUCAAAACCACAUAACGCGUUUCAAUUUGGAUUGGCUUAGUGGCGCGGAUGGUAUAGCUUGCCCCUAUGAGAUCGAUCUUGCCGCUAAUAACAUACAAACAGUUUACGCUGUAAGACAACCAGCAAGUGCAACGGGAAAAUGUGUGCGUUGGCUCAGAUUAUUCUCAAAUCCCUUGCAUUGCGAUUGCAAGUUGGCGUGGAUCUAUAACAGCGACUUCUUGUCGCAGAAUACUGAUUGGAGUUGUGCAACGCCCGCGCCACUGGCGGACAAAUCACUAAAAGAGCUUCAACGCGCUGAACUCUGUCCUUGGCAGCCCGGAUUUUGUCCCGAACGCUGUAAGUGUGCUUAUGAGAUGAAGGAACUAGUAGUGAACUGCACGAGCGCACGUUUGGCGGGCAUUACGCAACUACCGCGUCCACAGCAGUUUGGACGCGAGAGCACCGUACUCUAUGUUGCACAUAAUAAUUUUUACGAAUUGCCUGCAAACACCACUUCGGGUUACGCGCAAGUGACACACAUCUAUGCGGCGCACAAUCGACUAAUUACUUUGCUGCCAACGCAUUUGCCGCCAAACUUAACCGUACUGGAUGUGCGUCACAAUCUGCUUGAGCGCUUAAGCACGGACUUUUUGCGCGUGUAUCUCAAUGAGAGCGCCACACUGCGUGAGUUGUAUCUCGCGGAGAAUCCAUGGUUUUGCGAUUGCGAUGCGGUGGAGUUUUUGCGUGUGUUGCGCUUGCAGCGCGCACUCAUACCUGACGCGGCGCAAUUGGUUUGUGUAAAUUUUCCUGCACUCUCAUUGCUGAACGUGACCUAUGCGGAAAUUUGUAAGUCGCCUUUCUUAGCUGCGCGCCUAAUAGCGCCACUCAUUGUUUUAUUUAUUUCAUCGGCACUUGUACUCACACUACUUGCGCUCUUUUACAAAUACAAAUUGUCGGUGAAGAUUUGGUUCUUCGGUCGCAAUUGGUGUUUGUGCUGCGUCAACGAGCUGGAGUUGGAUAAGAAUAAAACGUUUGAUGCCUUCAUCUCGUACGCUCACCAAGAUCAACACUUCGUUAAUGACGUAUUGCUGCCAGGCUUGGAGGAGGGUCCAACACGAUUUCGGAUCUGCACACACGAGCGCAAUUGGUUGGCCGGCGUUUAUAUACCCGAACAAAUUAUCGAAUCGGUCGAACAGUCGUGUCGCACGAUUAUCGUACUCUCUCAGCACUUCAUCGAAUCGGAUUGGGCGCGUUUGGAGUUUCGUACGGCUCAUCAGUGUGCGCUCAAUGAGGGUCGUGUGCGCAUAAUCAUCAUCAAGUAUGGUGAGCUCACCGAUAAGACACGUCUAGAUGAAGAGUUGUUGGCCUACUUGAAGUUGAAUACUUACUUGGAUUCGAAUGAUCCGAGAUUCUGGACAAAACUGCGUUAUGCGUUGCCACAUAAAUUUGGUGAGUUACGUAAAUCCGGUAUGUUGGACGUCAGCAGGAGAGCAUACGUAAAUGAGAUGUUGGAACUGGACGUACUGCCAGAGCAGAGCUGA